AGACUGUGACCCCGCCCAGCACAGAUCGGCGGCUGACGGCUGCCUGAACCCGGCGAACAGUCAGUCAGGGUCGAGAGAGAGAUAGAGACAGACAGACAGACAGACAGGCAGGCAGGUGAAGACGUACAGUAGGAUCGAUCCAUAAUUUGGGGAAUAUAAUAUUUUAUUUCACUGGUCGUGUAAAUCUCUGAAUCUCUGAUCGGGUUCACAUACAUCUGUGGAUACGAGCAGUUCAUCUGACCCGCCGCUGAACAGUGGUCAUUGAUGGUGGACACACAGUGGUCAAGCGUCUGGACUGCCAGCCCAAAGGACUCGAAUCCUGUAAGAGGAGGAGGUUAAGCGAUGAAUAAGCUACGGCAGAGCUUCCGGCGAAAGAAAGACGUUUAUGUGCCAGAGUCCAGCCGGCCGCACCAGUGGCAGACAGACGAGGAGGCCGUACGCGGGGGCAAAUGCAGCUUCGCUGUGAAGUAUCUGGGGCAUGUGGAGGUCGAGGAGUCUCGUGGCAUGCACAUCUGUGAAGAAGCCGUCAAGAGAUUGAAGACGGACAGAAAGUUCUUCAAGGGCUUCUUUGCAAAAGCGGGUAAGAAGGCUGUGCGCGCGGUGCUCUGGGUGUCUGCAGAUGGCCUGAGGGUCGUAGAUGACAAGACAAAGGAUCUCAUUCUAGACCAGACAAUAGAGAAGGUUUCCUUCUGUGCACCGGAUCGUAACUUUGAGCACGCCUUCUCCUACAUCUGCAGAGAUGGGACCACACGCCGCUGGAUCUGCCACUGUUUCAUGGCCGUCAAAGACUCAGGGGAGCGUCUGAGCCAUGCGGUGGGCUGUGCGUUUGCCGCGUGUCUGGAGCGCAAACAGAAGAGGGAGAAAGAGUGCGGGGUCACGGCCACUUUCGAUGCCAAUCGUACCACUUUCACACGGGAGGGCUCCUUCCGCGUCACCACAGCAACAGAGCAGGCGGAGCGAGAGGAGGUGAUGCGACAACUGCAGGAUGGCAAGAAAGACUCUGAGGGUGUGUUGGGCAGCUCUUCUGUCAGCGCAUCCAACCCUGUGGUCAACCCCGCUGGACCUAAUGGCUCGUCGUCCUCCCCUCCUCUGCCCAUGGCCACACUGGCCCCUCAGGAAGCCAAUCCUCAUGCCAUCCCUCGACGCCACGCCCCCGUGGAGGCACUUGCUCGUCAGGGCUCGUUCCGGGGCUUCCCAGCGCUCAGUCAGAAAACCUCUCCCUUCAAACGACAGAUGUCACUGCGCAUGAACGAGCUGCCAUCCACCAUGCAGCGCAAGUCUGACUUCCCCAUCAAAAACACUGUGCCGGAGGUGGAGGGUGAGGGCGACAGCAUCAGCUCUCUGUGCACACAGAUUACAUCCACCUUCAGUGGGCCUCCAGAGGACCCGUUCUCCUCAGCACCGAUGCCCAAACCCACCUCCUCACCACAGUCGCCCUCUGCUCCAGUCAACGGUGCAGUUCCUGCCUUCCCGCCGCCUAGUGUCACUGUAACUGCUGCAGCUAACUCCCCUGUGCUGCCGCCCCCGCUGCCUGUCCGAGAGACUAACCCCUGGGCCAAGACCCCAAACACAGCCCCCACUACAGCACAUAUAGGGAGCGAGUGGCCAAAUCCCGCACAUGCCGUGGGAGCCCUACCUGCAGUCAGCACAACUCUUUCUACACCUGCCUCCUCUCACAAACGUACACCAUCAGAAGCCGAUCGCUGGCUGGAGGAGGUGUCCAAAUCUGUCCGUGCCCACCAACCCGCCGCCAGCGUAAGAACCAACACGCCUCCCGCUCAGCAGUCCUUCCCUGCCCCGGUGCCCAUUCCUAUGGCACCCGCCCCUUCGGCACCCUUCAUCCCUCCAUCUGUGGUCCCUGCAGUACCCCCACGCCAGCCGGCAUUCCACGCUCAGGCACCAGCAUCCUUCCCAGUGUCCAACGGGAUCCCGUUCGUGCAGCCAGGCUUUCCGGUGGUGGGCAUCACACCUUCACAGAUGGUGGCCAACGUGUUCGGUUCCGCCACGCAAACUCAGCCCAUCCCGGUACCCGUUCCAGUUCCCCAGACGCAGCUUCAGUCUUCACCGUUCUCCACACCGCCACCGGGCCAGUUUGACACCCAGGCCGUGUGCAGCCCCUUCGGCAAACCAUUCCUACCUCCGGUGUCAAACGCCACAGCAUUGCAGCCACCCAAAGGCAAUGCCGCUUUUAACGGGGCUAACAGCUGGGCUGCUGCGUCGUCACCUGCGCAGCCUAUGGCAGUGCAGCAUCAAGCUGAUGCCUUCGAGGCCCAGUGGGCCGCACUGGAGAGCCGCUCACAGCAACGCACAGCUCCUUCGCCCACAAACCCCUUCUCCAGCGAGCUCCACAAGACAUUUGAAAUCCAACUCUAAAGACACACGGUGUGGCCAAGAGUCACAAAGCGACGUUGAAGGGCAACGCGAUGGACAUUAAUGGAGAGACAACUAUAGAGUGAACGACCCCGAAAACCACUUCAGCUCCAUAUCUCUGUCUUUCAAUUUCUUUGUCUGUUCGUCCAUGUUUGGUUUUUGCUCGUGACAUGAACAAAUGGAGACUAGGGGGUUGAUGAAGGUGCCCCCCAAAAACACAGCGAGUACAAUGUCAGGCGUUAAUGCCACAUUUGUGUCCAAAAUGAAUUAGAGUGGCAAGAUGAUGGUCAAAGGAUUCUUUAGAUGCUCUGAUGUGACCCCAUAUUAUUCAGUACUCCCUCUACCCAGACUAACCCGUCUCACAGCGCCCCCUAGCAGGCUGGAUGACUGCUCCCUACCAGAAGGACGAGGCACUUCAGACCUUCCGGGUUCACGAGGUUCUUGAAGAACUUCGCAAUCAGAAGAGGAAGAAGCAAGAGAAUGCCAAAAUCUUUAUUUUUAUGCAUUAAGUAUAUUUUAAAUAGCUUUGAAAUUUAACUGAAGAGCUGUAAAUAAUCUUUCCAAAGGUGCAGGCUUAUUUUGUGUGCAUACAGGAAAAGAGCAUAUAUAUAUAUAGGCGUGAAGGGAUGGUUUUCAUCUCAUCUAUUCGGUUUUAGUCUUCUGGCCACCAUGCAUAGAUUGGAUGUUGUAGAUAAUGAAAUUGGACCCAGGCUGGGUCUGAGGACCUUUAAAUCAAACAGGUCCCAGACAAUGUUAUCUGUCUUUCAUGCUGUCAUUUUAACCUUAUUUUUUUGUACUAUAGUAUCAGUACUUUGAUUUCUAUUGCCUACAUAUCAUUAUAAUUUUUUAGCACAUUUUUAAUGAAUUUUAACACUAUUGAAAGUGUCAUCUUUUAUCUUUUUUUUUUCGUUAAGAAGAGAUAUCAUUAAUUUUUAGCACAAGCACUGUACUAAUUGAUCAUUUGGCCACCUAUGGUCGAUGUGUCAUCGGUCUGUGGCAUUAGUGAGCUAUGAUGUUCACUGUCUUGAAAUGACCUGUGGUUCCAACUCUAAAAUGAUUGCAGUGAAUUUUUUUUUUUUUGUUCUCUGCUUUUCACGCAGUCCCAUCAACCCUUUAGUUUUAUCAGACAUGAAGAUGAUUGGUCCUGUUUUUAGGUUUUGAUUCCAUUUUGUAAGUAUUGCAUUGUAUUAUUCCAAUUCUUUACGAAAAAUUUAAUCUAAAAGAUUGAAUAAAAUGUUGGUGGUAGAGGAAA